AUGAGGUUGACCGCCGACCUCAUCAAGGAUUCCCUCUCCUACCUCAACCCACUCAAAGAGCGAGAGCUGGAUCUUCGAGGCCACCGAAUCCCUGCUAUUGAGAAUUUGGGAGCUGCGGGGAACCUCGUGCUCGCUUCCAAUAAUUUCGCCGAACUAGCGGACAUAGAUGUGCUAGGGACCUUCAAGCGGCUCACACACUUGGUCCUCAAGGAUAACCCUGUCGCGAAGAAAGAGCACUACCGGUAUUGGGUUAUCUGGAGGUGUCCUACAGUCCGCUUCUUGGACUACCAGAAGGUGAAGGAUGCGGAGCGGCAACACGCGAAGAAGUUGUUUGGAACGGAAGAGAAGCCAACAUCUCUGGCGACGGAGAUUAUGGGGGUCAAGUCCAGUGGUCUCGGCGCGGCUGUCACAGACGGAGUUGCAGACACUUCGAAGCUCUCCAGGAUAAAACUCACGGACAAGGAGAAGAAGCGGCUGCAGGAGAUGAUCAGGAAAGCGUCAAGUCUCGAAGAGAUUAUCCGGCUCGAAAAGAUGUUGAACGAAGGUCGGCUACCGCCGGGAUUUCACACAGAUCCCGAUGCAAUGGAGGAGUGA